UUUAAAGCAGCGCACGAAUAGGUUGCUUGGUCCCGAGGGUUGAUCUUCGAGUCUAUUCAGUAUAAUUCUGGAAUAAUUACGAUGGAGAAUCUAGUGAAAAUAUUUAUCGUACUUUACUUCCAUGGAAUUAUUUUACCUCUGGUUUUUGGUGACUUUCCUGGCACAUCCUCACAAGGCACAGUCGACGGCACGGAAGAUACGGUCGACUCCACUGUUUACGGCACCAUAUUGUCCCCCCUGUUGAAAGCGUUAUCGGAGCAAGCUACCUGGGAAGAUUUCGCCCCAAAACUAAUCCCUGAAUCCAAAUACGUCCGUUACAUGAAAAGACUCUAUAGAGUGUCGUCAAAACAUAAGAGGAGUCGGGAAGGUACCUCAAGUCAGCUGUACAACACCGUGAGAUUGAUCACUCCACGAGAUGAAUGCCUUCAACAAAACAAAGACUUUUUUAUGCAAGAUCUUUCCUACAACCUUGAGCGUGUAAGAAUGAAGGAACAGCUUCUGAAGUCUGUCUUCCUCUACUCCUUUGAGAAAGACCAGACCAGUUCGUUCACCUCAGUCUGCUACCUGGACGUUCAAGAGCAGGAAGAUGAUCAGCAGCAGCAGCAGCUUUGCCCAAGUAGUCACUACUCUGUGAAAUUUCCAGUUCACACAGAAAGGAGUCGCCGUAAAUGGGUGGAGGUCGACAUUACUGCUUUUCUCCACCCCCUUAUUAAGUCCCAAAAGAAAGGCAUCCACCUGCUCAUCAACCUUACCUGUGUGACGGAUGGAAGACCUGACAGCAGGAACCUGGGUCCUGUGGAACUUGCUGUCAGAUCACCCUCUCUUCUCUUGUACCUCAAUGACACCAGUGAGCUGGCUUAUCAGAGAUGGCCAACUGCAGCUAGGUCAGAAAAUCCAAUGGCAGAUUUGGUGACAGGAGCAGACAAGAGUCAUGUGCAGCAUGGGCCAGAUGAAAGAGCUUCACGGAGGAGACGCAACUUUCCAAGUAGCGAAGCGACUCAGACCAACCUGGAAGACAACCCUGCGGACCACUUCCUGAAUUAUGAGUUCCCAACAGAUGACUGUGACUUGUAUGACUUCAGAGUAAGCUUCAGCCAACUCAAACUAGACCACUGGAUUAUAGCUCCGCACAAAUAUAACCCUCGCUACUGUAAAGGUAUUUGUCCAAGGGCCUUGGGAUCCAUCUAUGGCUCACCCGUACACACUAUGGUGCAAAACAUCAUUUAUGAGAAGCUGGACUCCUCAGUACCUAGGCCCUCAUGUGUGCCUUCUGAAUACAAUCCCCUGAGUGUUUUAACCAUUGAAAAGGAUGGCUCCAUCGCUUACAAGGAAUAUGAGGAUAUGAUAGCCACAAAGUGUACAUGUCGCUGAACUGUUACCGUAUUCAUGCAAUUUUACUAAGAUGCACAUGAUUAACUUGCCCGCGCACUUGGACUUUCUUCCUCAUCCUUUCAUUGUUGGACCCUUACCCAGAAUGAGACAAAUUAUGGAAAUUACCAUGCAUUAGCACUACAUGUAUCUAGAGCAGAAGAAUUUACUUAACCAAAUGUUUUGUUUGCCAAAAUAUUUUGGCCAAACUAGGAAAAUAUGUAAAUGCUGAAAUACUUUUUUGUUGUUAUUGUAACCAUUUAACUAAAAACAGUGGUAUCCCUUUGUUCUAUUGUUGAUUGUUGCCUUUGUAAUAUAAUGUUGCUUAGGGGGGAAACUGAAAAGGGCUGUUUUCCUCGAUUCUGGAUUAUAGAUAUCCUUUUAAGUUAUUUUUGUUAAUUUAUUAUUUGAUGUUUUCAUUUUGUUUUUUCUUGCUUAAUGCAUUACUACAAUUGGCAACAUUUUAAGUAAACCUGUUCUGGACAAAAUACAAUAAAUUGCAGUCAUAAACUCUUAGAGAAGACUUUUACUGUUAAUUUUAUACUUUGGGAUUGGAGAUAGUUGUCUCAUGGACAAUUUAAUGUGUCAGUCUCUAUUUAUUAUUCUCAGCCAUGAAAUUACUGUAUACUGAAUGGAGAUGACUGAUGUGGUAAUCUAAAUGUAUUGUACAACAGCGAUAUUUAAUAUGUAUAUUGUGUAAAUGGUUUGUGAGGUCUGGUUGGGCUGAAUUCACUAAAUAUUUUUGAAUAUUGAAAUAUUCAUUGGAAAGAAUAAAAAAGCAAUCACAUGUC